UUCAUUUUGACAUUUCUACCUUGCUUCGCGUUAAAUUAAUUGUCACCAACUUCGCAUUCAUUUACUAUUUUCGUUUGUGAAGUUUUCUUCGUUUGUAAUUUUUAUUUAAACAAUAAACUGUGAAAGGUUUGAACAAUAUUUCCCAUAAUGCCGCCGACUAUCAUCAAUACGACGACAAAUGCCGAAAAGCGACCUGUUAGGCCUGCGGAACGCAAAUCUGAACUGAUUUGCCGCGUGAAAUAUGGCAAUAGUCUGCCGGACAUACCCUUUGACUUGAAAUUUCUACAGUACCCGUUUGACAGUAAUCGAUUUGUGCAAUAUAAUCCAACUUCCUUGGAGCGCAACUAUAAAUACGAAGUACUUACUGAGCAUGACUUGGGUGUGACAAUCGACUUAAUUAACCGCGAUCUAUAUCAAGCCGACCCAUAUGCUCAACUUGACCCAGGCGAUGAAAAGCUUCUGGAAGAAGAUGUGCACACCCCUCAUGAUUCAAUGCGUUCACGCCAGCAUUCACGAAGUGUUUCGUGGUUGCGAAAAUCGGAAUAUAUUUCGACAGAACAGACGCGCUUCCAACCGCAAAAUCUUGAGAAUAUUGAAGCCAAAGUGGGUUAUAAUGUUAAGAAGUCGUUGCGCGAGGAAACGCUGUAUCUUGAUCGUGACGCACAAAUCAAGGCUAUUGAGAAAACAUUUAAUGACUCGAAACAAGAAAUCAGCAAGCACUACUCUAAACCUAAUGUGGUACCUGUGGAGAUACUUCCGGUGUAUCCAGAUUUCAAGAAUUGGAAGUAUCCAUGCGCUCAAGUAAUAUUCGAUAGUGAUCCUGCGCCUGCCGGCAAAAACGUACCAGCACAACUGGAAGAGAUGUCGCAGGCCAUGAUUCGUGGUGUAAUGGACGAGAGUGGCGAACAGUUUGUUGCUUAUUUCCUGCCUACUGAAGAAACUUUAGAUAAAAGACGCAACGACUUUGCCGAAAGUAUUCUAUACAAGGAUGAUGAAGACUACGAGUACAAGAUCGCUCGUGAAUAUAACUGGAAUGUUAAAAGUAAAGCUUCUAAAGGAUACGAAGAAAAUUACUUUUUUGUUGUGCGCCAAGAUGGUGUAUUCUAUAAUGAGUUGGAGACACGUGUACGUCUAAAUAAGCGGCGUGUAAAAGCUGGACAACAGCCCAGUAACACUAAAUUGGUUGUUAAACAUCGUCCCCUGGACUCCAAUGAGCAUCGUAUGCAGCGCUACCGUGAAAGGCAAUUGGAGCCAACCGGUGAUGAAGAAGAUGAAGAAAUGGAAGAAGAGGAAGAGAUUGAAACCCCCCCUCAAGUUUCAAAUGAGAAAGACAAUAAUAAAGCCCCUGAAGUCGGUGAUGCAGACGAAUCUGAAAAUGAAAAUGCUGAAGCUGCUCAAAGUGCCAGAGAUCGCCAAUCUCGUUCGCGUUCUAAAUCGCAUGCAAAAUCAAAAUCUCGUUCACGUUCAAAUUCUGGUUCCGGAUCACGUUCAGGUUCAGGUUCUCGUGCUUCCCGUUCUCGUUCGCGCUCCAAAUCAGGCAGCCGCAGUCGCAGUGGUUCCCGUUCUACAGCACAUUCAGGUUCGCGUUCGCGUUCUCGUUCUGCAUCUAAAUCACCGUCACGAUCUCGCUCAGCCACACCCGCCGGUUCCCAUAAAUCGGGUUCGCAUUCACGAUCCGCUUCACGUUCACCAUCGCGCUCGGUCAGCCGUUCUCGCUCACGCUCACGCUCCGGCUCCCGAUCGCGUUCGCCAUCAAAAACACCUGCACGGUCACGGUCUCACUCCGGAUCACGUUCGGGCAGCGCGUCAGGUUCACGUUCUGGUUCAGCAUCACGUACACCAUCACGUUCAGGUAGCGCUACACCGAGCGGUUCCGGCAGCGGCUCGGGCAGUGGCUCAGAAGCCGAAGAAUAAAUAUCUAAAAACUAACAAUGAAAAAUAUGUUUUAAAUUAGCGACCUUCUGACAGAGUAUGCUAUCUGUAAAAUUAUAAUUGAUGCAAAAUUUUAUUGAAUAAAAAUCAAGCGGACAAAAAAUA